AUGUCGCUGCAUCCCCGUUUGGUCAUUUUGGCGUCACAACUUGGCCUGCAUUUCACAUGCGACGGUCGAGUCAAUUCCCCACAGGUUGCGUCCUCCGAAUUCUUCCCGCGUGUGAGGUGUGGAUUUGUCCUCCGAGUGGAUAUCGACGAACCUACGGGUUUCGGGUCCUCGAAGCGGUUUGUCUUCGGGUCCUUGGUGCUCAUGAUCCCAGUCCGUCGCUAUGCAUGUGAUGUCGAAUAA